AUGAGCCGUUACGGCGGUUCGCGAUACUCCGACUCGGAGUCGGACCUGGAUAUUCGUGUCAGCCAUCGCCACGAACGCUCGCCAGCACGCCCGGCCCGCGCCCCGGUCCAGUAUGUCGAGCCGCGCCGCCGCCCCUUCUACGAGGAGGACCGCUUCCUGAACCCCACCCAUGAGCGCACCGUGGUGACGACCCGAUCUCGCUCCAGAGAUCGCCGCCGCGACAGCUCCCCCAGGUCGCCCCCGGCCCCGGCCCCCGUCAUUAUCAACAAUCACAUCAUCAACCAUUCGGACUCGGACUCGGACUCGAGCGAGGACCACCACCACAUGCAGAUUGCCCAUCGCCACCGCUCCCACUCGCGCGCUGACUCGUCCACCUCCUCCUACUACCGCGACAAGUACUAUGACCGCCAGCGCGAGGAGGCCCGGCGCGCCGAGGUCGACCGCGAGGUCCAGCGCAGUCGCAAGGACUACGAGCUCGAGAGGGCCCGCAAGGAGCUCGAGGAGAUGAAGCUCGUCGCGCAGAUCGAGAAGGACGAGAAGCGCCGUAACAAGUCCUACGAGGAGGAGCGCGAGCUGCGCCAGGCCAAGAAGGAGCUCGAGGAGAUCCGCCGCCUCCGGGACAACGAGGAGAAGGAGCGACGCAUCAAGCAGAAGCUGGAGCUCGAGCGCCUCAAGAAGGAGGAGGAGGAGCUCGCAGAGAAGAAGCGCCGCGAAAAGGAGGCCAAGGAGGCCGUCGAGAGGUACAAGAAGGCCGAGGCCGAGCGCCUGUUGAAGGAGAAGGAGGAGGAGGAGGAGCGCGAGCGCGAGUACAAGCACCGGCUGCAGGAGCAGCUGCUCAAGUCGGGCCUGGGCGAAAAGGAGAUCAACAACAUCUUGGCAGGCAAGAAGAUCGAGAAGGAAAAGAAGGAAAAGGAGAAGAGGGAGGACGACGCCCGCCCGACCUACACCCGCAUGGCCAGGAGGCACCUCUCCCUCGAGACUCUCAGGGUGUACAAUAUUGAUUAUCAGCUCGACGCGGACCCCGAGUAUGUGCUGAUCAAGAGAUGGGUGGCCGAGACGGAACAGGACAUGCUCUGGCGGCACACUCGGAUCGUCAGGGAGCAGCGGUCAGGAAAGCUCGUCAUGACGAUCGAGGACAAGCCGAAGAAGCACAAGCACCAUCACGGCGCAACUCUCGAGCCCGAGUUCGAAUGGGUGCGCAAGAAGGAGCGCAGAAGGAGCCGAUCCCCUUCGCUGCUGAUGUACUUGGCAGGGGCAAAACCCGCGUAG